GACCAUGUUGUUUCACACAAGAACAAUGGAGUCCAAUCAGAGGAUAUGGCAGCUGAAAGUAAUGACACUACCUUUGGUCAAGGAUCAACAAACAUUAGUUUUGAUCCAUUAAAUGUACACGCAACCCCAAGAAACACUUCAAAAUUAGCUUCUGAUUUCAAUAAAUCAAAUUUUGAUAAGUCGCCAAGGAUUAAUGAAGACACUUUAGAUGACAUUGUUAGGGGUGAAUCAACACCCAGUGCUCCAAGGACUCAGAUGAAAGCUACAAUUGAAGAUGAUGAUGAUGAUGGUAUUGAAAUGGAUGAUGAUAAUACUGAUAAGAUAGAUGAUACUCAUAAAGUUGCAAUCAAUACUUCGCCACCAUUACGCCCUAGGAUACACGCAAGAGCACCAUCAGAAGGUACUAUAAGUAGAUUGGAAUCUUUAAACGUGUCCAAAGAUACCAACGAGCCAGAAUUGCCAAAGAAAGGACAUUUCAUGCCACACCCACCGAAAGGUGAAAAACGUUUUCGCGAUGGAGGUAAUUCAUCAGAUGAUGAAAGCACAUCAAGGUUACGAUUUAGGAAACAUAAAAUCAAAGAUAAACCGUCUAAUCUUGUUGAAAAUACAGCAGGUAAAACUAUUGAUGACUUAAUGGAGGUUGAUUCAAAGAUAAUUCCACUUCGAUCGAAAUUCACAUUGGAAAAUCCAGAAUCAAAUGAAAAAUUAAAAGAAAAUGAAACAACUAUAGAAAAUGUGAUGGAUUUAGAUGUAAAUGGUCAAUCUACACCAGGUAGGUCAAAAUUCUUGAAACCAAUCAACAAAGUAGGUCCUUUAAGUCAAGACAACAAAGAAGCAAAUGAAGAAACAAGGAAAACUCCUAUGGAUGUUGAUAUCGUGAUUGAAAAGCCAAAGUUUGACUUGGCUGCUUCAGAAAGUGACGAUGAAACUGAUGAAGAUAUUAAUGAAUCUGAUAUCGAGGCUGCUGCUCAAAUACAGAAUCAGUAUGAAGCAAUAGUUGCAUCAAAUGCUACAUCUACGCCAAAGAAUCCUCGGAAACAAUUAGAUAAUUCUGAUCUUAAUGAAAGACCAAAUAAACUCUCGCCAAUUAAAACACGUCCUACACCCCCACCGUUAGCAGCUGAUAUACAAUCAACUACGCUUAGGACUUCAUAUAAGACAGAUCAUAGCUAUAAAUUGAACUCAUCGGUAGAAAGGCCACAUUCAGCUUCUAUGAUGAGGAACUCAAGAAUGGAUACUCUGUCAGAGAGGUCAUUCCACUCCACCGGGGUGCUGCCAUUGAUCUCAACGCAACAAGCAAGAAAAAGCAACUACUUAAUGGGAAGUAUGAACAGUAGCAGUUCUCUCCUUGGCACAGAGGAACUUGAGAGAUAUUUCCCAGAUAGAAAACUGAGAGUUCUUGUUGGGACUUGGAACAUGAUGGAACUAAAGUCAAUAGAUGCGGAUAUAUCAGAUUUCAUCCUACCAGACACUUGUGAGUUUGUUCAAGAUCUUUACGUUAUCGGAACUCAAGAAAGUUUGUCAAAUAGUAAAGAAUGGGCCAUCAAGCUCCAGGAGACUAUUGGCCCAUCUCACGUGCUCAUCCACUCUGCUCAACUAGGCGUCCUCUACAUCAAUAUAUUCAUCAGGCGAGACCUCAUGUGGUUCUGUUCAGCUUUUGAAGAUGAUUCAAUUUCAACUCGGGCUGGCCCAUCAGGAAUUAAAACUAAAGGUGGCGUUGCAAUCUCAUUCAAUUUCUUCGGAACUUCACUAUUGUUUGUGUCUUCACAUUUUACUGCACAUGAUGGUAAAGUCAAGGAAAGGAUUAAGGAUUUCAACACAAUCUGUAGCACAUUGACACUCCCAAGGAAGGUGAUCAUCAACAAGAAUGCCCCCAGAGCUGAGGAUAUCACCGCAAGAUUUGACAAUGUCUUCUGGAUGGGUGACUUGAACUUUAGAUUGCAGUUGAAGAAGGAGCCAGUGAUUGCACUUGUCAAUGGUAUAACUUCUGAUGAGUUUCCAAACUUUGAGAGUUUGCUGUCCCAGGAUGAACUCACAAAGGCCAGGAAUGAUGACCUCAUAUUUCAACAUUUCCAAGAAGGCCGCAUCAACUUCAAGCCGACCUAUAAGUAUGAUGUGGGAACUGAUGAAUAUGAUUCAUCACCCAAAAUGAGAACACCUUCAUAUACAGACCGCAUAUUGUACAGGUCUAAGAAGAAGCAUGCGAUAAGCUGCCUUCACUAUGACUCCGCAAACAGUAUAAAGGUGUCUGACCAUAGACCGGUGUAUGGACUCUACGAGGUUUCCUUGAAGCCUGGGAUUGAUAGUAUACCCCUAUGUGCAGGCCAGUUUGACAGAGACAUCUAUGUAGAAGCAAUGCGCAGAAGAGCCACUCAUUUGGACACUAGGAAAAAAUCAUCAAAGAAUAGUUCUGUAUGCAGUAUCCAGUGAUCACAAAUGGCAUCCAAUGGUACAUUAUUAUACAAUAGUGCAUUGGUAUA